AUAAAAGAUAUUUCCUCCCCAUUGCGAACCUUUCACGCCAGAGCCACAGGCCACGCGUUUCCGUGGCGGAGUGAACAUUGAGCCUGAACAUGGCGACCGCGCUCAAGGACCGGACGCUUCGAGACGACGAGUCGGACAAGGACUCGACCGAGGAAGAGCUUGAGCGGCUCGUGUUUGGCGACAGCGCAGGAUUCCGUGAAAACGUACGGUCCUUCAAGGAUGCGGCCGCCCAAGGGAAGAGCAAGGAGCUCGUGGUUGCGGAGCACAGCGAGGAGGAGGACGGCGCCACGGGCCUUGAAGGACUCGCGGACGAGGAUCUUUUCUUCCUCGACGACACGCCCGGAGAUGCGCCCGUGGUGACUUCGUCCGCCGGCCAGGACGGAGGCGAGAGCAGCGACGACGGCGCCGCGUGGACGGACAGCGAUGACGAGCGCGUGACGGUGUCGCUGGCCUCGAGAACGCAACUGCGCAAACUGCGCCAGACCGCGGCGGACGACGUCAUCACCGGCAAGGAAUACUCGAGACGACUGCGGAAGCAUUUUCGGCUGCUGAAUCCAGUGCCCGAGUGGGUGCAUGCGGCCAGCGGCGCGGGCAAGGCGCGCAAGAAGAGAAGGACAAGCACGGGAUCAGAGACCACGGAGAGCUCGGACGACGAAAUGGACGUGGACGAGGAGGACGAGGGCAAUCUCUCUGCGCAGCCGUUGGCGAGACUCCUGCAAGACGUCGACGCUCUGACCAGAACGUCUCAGCAGAACGGAGCGGGCAAGAAGCGAAAGUUGCGGCCGGAAAUGAUUGACAUACAGCGCAUGAAGGACAUUGUAUCCAGCGGUCCGUCUUCCGUCACCUGCCUCCAGGUGCAUCCUUCUCUCCCUCUGAUCAUCUCGUCCGGCCCGUCGAAGACCAUCUCGAUCCACAGCCUGCAGCCGCAGCCGCCGGAUCCCAACCCGCUCCUCACGACGCUGCACAUCAAGCGGACACCGCUGCACACGACGCUGUUCCACCCGUCCAGAACGGACGCACGCAUCUUCUUCUCGGGCCGCAGGCGCUACUUCCACGUCUGGAACCUGUCGUCCGGCCACGUGCAAAAGGUGACGCGGGUGUACGGGCAUGCAGACGAGCAGAAGAGCAUGGAGCGCUUCAAGCUGUCUCCCGACGGCGCCUACCUCGCCCUGCUGGGCACCGCCCGCAAAGGCGGCGGCGUCCUCAACAUCCUCGACGCAAACACCCUGCAGUGGGUUGCCCAGGCGCGCGUCGAGAGCCUCGGCGGCAUCGCUGACUUUGCGUGGUGGCGCGACGGUAAGGGCCUCUGCAUCGCCGGCAAGAACGGCGAGAUCACAGAGUGGCUGCUCAGCGAGCGCGUCGCCGUCGCGCGCUGGAAGGACGAGGGCGCCGUUGGCACCACGACGCUCGCGCUCGGCGGCGACUCCGGCAGGAAACAUCUUGGCGGCGACCGCUGGGUGUCCGUCGGGUCCUCGUCCGGCAUAGUCAACAUAUACGACCGCCGGGCCUGGACGCCGGCCGCUCCCGCCGCCGCCGCCGUCGACGACGACAACAGCGGCGUGCCCAAGAACCCGAAGCCGGCGCGGGUGCUGGACCAGCUUGUCACGCCGAUCAGCCAUCUUCACUUCAGCCCAGACGGCCAGGUCAUGUGCAUGGCGAGCAGGUGGAAGUCGGACGCGCUGAGGCUGGUGCACCUGCCCAGCUGCACCGUGUACAAGAACUGGCCGACCGGCAAGACGCCGCUGGGACGCGUCAGCGCCGUAGCGUUCGGCACAGACGUCGAGGGUGGGCUGUGCCUGAUCGUAGGGAACGAGCAAGGCGCCCUGAGAGGCUGGGAGAUACGGGGAUAAAAUUUCAACACCAGUCGGCGAAGCCUAGAGCGUGGAAAACAGCAUGCCGUAAACGGCUCACUCUCAUAUCUUCAUCACCUUAUUUUUUUUUUUUUUUUU